CACACGUCUCACGCCCCUAUCUGCUAGCAACCUCCUCGCUCCUCCCCAUCCCAUCUAUCUGCUGAAAAAAUCGCCACGCCAUCCCCGCUGCGGCGCCUGCGUCGAUGGGCUCCCCUCGGUCCUCCUCCACCAAGCACCCGCCCUCCCAUGGUCGUGGUCCAUCCUCUACCAAGCUGUUGAUUGGGAGUCCCUUGAGGCCUUACCACGACCAUGGAAUCCCUUGCCCUCGCCUGCGUCGAUGGACCCGCCCGUGACCGGACCGAGAGCAUGUUAUCGCACUCCUCGUCUUCUCCAAUCGACACACCCCACCGCUCCGACACGGGCGCAUCGACGCCGGAGCUCCCCUGCUCAGCUUCGCCGUGCUGCUCCCCUGCUCUCCCGCACGUCCUCCUCCGCCGCCGGGGACGCCUACGCCACCGCUCCCUCCUGCCUCGCGCAGCUCCCCUGGCCCCCUUGCCUGCCUCCCAAAUCUCCCCUCUUUCACCCCCAAAGUUGUUUCUUCUUCCUCCCGCUGCGUCUCCUGCUUGCGCGCUGCGGCGACACCUCCUCCUCGUUGCCCCCGACGCCGGAGGAGGCACGGGGAAAGCAGCAGUGUCUCGCGCUGCGCUUGCGCCACCUCGGGUGUGCGUGGGCCUACGCGCCGGUCGCCGGCUCGGCCGUGCGCCAGUCCGCAAAGGAGGAGGAAGGGGAUUCCGUUCGCCGCCAAGGCGUACUGGGUAUGCUCCUCGAGUCCCCGCUCUUCAGGCCCCUCCUCACCCCCCUCAUCAAGAAGCAGAACAACAUGACGCAGAUGCUGUAGCGCACGGGGAUCCCCGACCGGCCCAUGUUCUUCCCGGAGUACCCUCUCUCUGUACAAGCAAAAGCAGCUAUGAGAAACUUUUCAUUCAGUCAAGUUCUACUGAUUUUUGGUCUUCUUGAAUUUUGUAUAGUUGAGAUAGAUGUUCUACUUCUUUCAUUCAGUCAGGCUCUACUGAAACAUUUUGCAGAAACAAUGUACUGCUGAAACUGAAAAAAGGAACAGAAACAUAAAUGUUCUGCUGAAACUGAAAAAAGGAACAGAACCACACCUGAAUAAUUUAUACUCCUCCUUAAUUCUUCAAUAGAUUUAAAAAUGUUCAGACUUUGAAUGUUCACUGAAAUAGUAAAUCUUGUCUUUCCUAAAAACUGAAUCUGUAUAUUAAGUCUUUGCUAAAGAGAAAUAGUAAAUCUUAUCAUAACAAAUGCUCAUUCAGAAGUGUUCAGAAAUCUUCAGUUUUUUAUCCUGAAAUGUUCAAUUUUUUGCUCUCUAAAUUGUGUGCCUUUAUUGCUCAUUCAGUGCUCAGUACAGUAUUCAGUUUGAGUAAAAUUCAGUUCGUGUGGUGAGUUGAAGAGCAUUGCUCCCUGCCUUGCUAUGCCUAGUUAUGUUAACUACAGUAUCAUUGUCUACUUUGGGGUCUUUUGUGGUGAAAGUAUGGGUCUUUUUGUAUGGUGGCAAGAUGACUAGAUGGAUUCAAAUAAAUCUAGCUAAUUCAAAUAAUUCCAAGGAAUACCCAGAAUGCAGUGUACUCUGCUGGAGCUUCUUUAGCCUAUCUUGAGCUUGAGCUUGGGAGCUAUCUUGAACUUGCGAGUAUAUUUGUACGUUUGCUCACAAUGGUGUAUUGAAAAUUGCAAGUUAUAUAGUGUUAGUGUUUUGUAAAUUCAGACUAGAUUUGAGCAAGAUAAACUUUACUGUUAUGAUUGAUAAAGAAAACUUUAGUGUUAUUUAGAUUCAGAGCAAGUAAAGGAAAAUUUAAUAAAAGUUAGUCUUGAGGAAUCUGGUGGAAUCAUAUUACUUGUUUCCAAAAUAAAUUGAUUGAUUGUGCACUGAAAAUUGAUUGAUUAUUUUAGCAAAUUUAGAUAUGUUUAUUUGUUGUUAGAAGAAUCUUUGACUAGUUACAAGACAUAUUCCUGAUCUGUUAUUUUUUUAACUUUGCAAAUAAUCUAUUUCAUUCAAACUACAGCUGUGCAACAAUGAAGCAUAUAAUCUACUGCAGUUUGAUCUACUGCAAAUUACCGAAUCAAUUGACAGCUACUCCUGGUUAUCAAUUUGAUCUUCAUUUGCAUAAACCUGGUUGGUGCUCGCACUAUUUCCUGAAAAUAGACCAUUAUUUACUGAAGAUAAACCUGGUUGACCUUCAUUUGCAUAAACAUGGUUUGUGCUCGCACUAUUUACUGAAAUAAACCAUUAUUUACUGAAGAUAAACCUGGUUGAUCUUCAUUUUCAUAAACCUGGUUGAGUAUUACAGAGCAAUUGACAGCAAUUUGAUCUGAUUAGAAUUCAGAUAGCAAAAGUUAACUGAACUUCUUUAUUUGUAACAUUUAUUCAGAGGACAUGAUCAAUUGUGUUUCAAAUUACAGAGCAAGCAAGGUCCGGCACUGGAGAUGAAAAAGCAAGGAGCCUUGUACUUCUUUCUUCUCACCGACAGCAGCACGAGCAGGGAACCUCCGGCGACAGCACACGAGCAGGGGACCACUAUUAAAGGAGGAUCGAACGUCGUGAUGGUUUGACCUCCUCUGGAUGGUUCGACCUCGAUCCCGCACCGAGGAAAUCGCUAGAAAAACAAUCCACCUGCACGCCUUGUUCGCUAGCUACUGCUCCAUCUCGUGCGAUACACGCGGAAAAAACCCAGAGAACAAACGAACCGGUUCAAUGAACCUCUACCCCACGAUCUGGUAACCCGCACAACAUGGCAUGCGAAAAGCAACGACCAGGCACACACGUCUCACGCCCCUAUCUGCUAGCAACCUCCUCGCUCCUCCCCAUCCCAUCUAUCUGCUGAAAAAAUCGCCACGCCAUCCACGCCGCUCACGAUCCCCGCUGCGGCGCCUGCGUCGAUGGGCUCCCCUCGGUCCUCCUCCUCCAAGCACCCGCCCUCCCAUGGUCGUGGUCCAUCCUCUACCAAGCUGUUGAUUGGGAGUCCCUUGAGGCCUUACCACGACCAUGGAAUCCCUUGCCCUCGCCUGCGUCGAUGGACCCGCCCGUGACCGGACCGAGAGCAUGUUAUCGCACUCCUCGUCUUCUCCAAUCGACACACCCCACCGCUCCGACACGGGCGCAUCGACGCCGGAGCUCCCCUGCUCAGCUUUGCCGUGCUGCUCCCCUGCUCUCCCGCACGUCCUCCUCCGCCGCCGGGGACGCCUACGCCACCGCUCCCUCCUGCCUCGGGCAGCUCCCCUGGCCCCCUUGCCUGCCUCCCAAAUCUCCCCUCUUUCACCCCCAAAGUUGUUUCUUCUUCCUCCCGCUGCGUCUCCUGCUUGCGCGCUGCGGCGACACCUCCUCCUCGUUGCCCCCGACGCCGGAGGAGGCACGGGGAAAGCAGCAGUGUCUCGCGCUGCGCUUGCGCCACCUCGGGUGUGCGUGGGCCUACGCGCCGGUCGCCGGCUCGGCCGUGCGCCAGUCCGCAAAGGAGGAGGAAGGGGAUUCCGUUCGCCGCCAAGGCGUACUGGGUAUGCUCCUCGAGUCCCCGCUCUUCAGGCCCCUCCUCACCCCCCUCAUCAAGAAGCAGAACAACAUGACGCAGAUGCUGUAGCGCACGGGGAUCCCCGACCGGCCCAUGUUCUUCCCGGAGUACCCUCUCUCUGUACAAGCAAAAGCAGCUAUGAGAAACUUUUCAUUCACUGUGCAACAAUGAAGCAUAUAAUCUACUGCAGUUUGAUCUACUGCAAAUUACCGAAUCAAUUGACAGCUACUCCUGGUUAUCAAUUUGAUCUUCAUUUGCAUAAACCUGAGCAAGCAAGGUCCGGCACUGGAGAUGAAAAAGCAAGGAGCCUUGUACUUCUUUCUUCUCACCGACAGCAGCACGAGCAGGGGACCUCCGGGUGGCAACACGAGCAGGGGACCAGUAGCAACUUGCAGAGGAGCAGGGGAAAGAGCUCGAGCUUGAGGUCCAGGCGCGGCCGGAACUCGCGGUCGAGGCGCUCGACACCCAGGCGCGCGCAGGUCCUGGCCGGCGGCGGCGCAGAUCCUGGUGGAGGGAGGGGAUAUCGGCCGCGCAGGCCUGGCGGCGGUCCAGGUCCUGGGUGGCGGCGGAGCACGUCCCGCGCAGCGGCGGAGCAAGCAAUUGGGUGGCCCAGGUCCUGGGCGGCGGAGGACCACGUACUUGGCGGCGGCGGAGCAAGCAAUUGGGCGGCGCAGGACCUGGGCGUCGGAGGAGCACGUCCUGGGCGGCGGCGGAGCAAGCAAUUGGGCGGCGCAGGUCCUGGGAGGCGGAGGAGCAAGCCCUGGGCGGCGCCGGCGUAGGUCCCCGACGGCGACUUGCCCUGGCGACGCGCGCGGGCGACAGACAGAGGAAGAAGGAAGGAAACGGCGACCUGUUUGUAAUAGAUUUUAAGCUACGAGGGCGUUUUUGCAAAAUUCACAGUACACUAAGCUGUGGACAACUUUUUCCGGACGGAGGGAGUAGGAGCAACAUUAACACACUUCACAAGAACUAGAUAGACAGUGUACUUGUAGUACCAUAUGCUGCGAUAACGAAUACUGCCAGAUAUUCAGUCUGUUUACACAUUAACAUGACACCUUGUGUUCAGUGGCGUCACUAUU